AUCUUCUCUCGCGCAUGCGCGCUGGGCGGCCUGUCUGUGAGAGUGUGUUCUCUUCAGGCCCUGGUAGCACCCGGGGGACAAUGAAGCAGAAUUCGAGCGUGCCGGCCUUCCUGAGCAAGCUGUGGACCCUGGUGGAGGACUCGGACACCAACGAGUUCAUCACGUGGAGCCAGAAUGGACAGAGUUUUCUUGUUCUGGACGAGCAACGGUUUGCUAAAGAGAUUCUCCCCAAAUAUUUCAAACACAACAACAUGGCAAGCUUUGUAAGGCAGCUAAACAUGUACGGUUUCCGUAAGGUAGUACAUGCAGAUUCUGGAAUUGUGAAGCAGGAGAGAGAUGGGCCAGUGGAAUUUCAACAUCCAUUCUUUGUCCAAGGUCAGGACGAGUUAUUGGAGAACAUAAAGAGAAAGGUGUCUUCUACAAGACCUGAAGAAGUAAAAGUAAGACAGGAAGACAUUACUAAAAUCUUAAGUAGUGCUGCUAAGGUGCAGGUCAAACAAGACACCAUUGAUUCAAGGCUAUUUACUUUAAAAAGAGAAAAUGAAGCAUUGUGGAGAGAAAUUUCAGAUCUUCGUACCAAGCAUAACAAUCAGCAACAAGUUAUUCGAAAGAUAGUGCAAUUCAUUGUGACAUUAGUACAGAAUAACAGACUAGUCAGUCUGAAGAGAAAACAGCCAUUGCUACUCAACACAAACAGUUCUCCAAAAUCCACGCUUUUAAAGCCAUUAGUUAAAGAGACGGUAGAAGAUAAACAUGUUCCUCUUAGAACAGAAGGCCUGAAAAGAGGAGACAUUUCUGAGGACAUUGUCAUCUAUGAUAUCACUGAUAAUAUGAUGGAGGAGGAGGAGGGAGCAGAGGUGACUGAAGCAAGUACUCUGGCUACUCCAGAAAAAUCUGACGACAUUGCUUCAGACACACUAAAUGACAGGCUCUCCCCUGAAAUUGUCAUAGUGGAAGAUGACAGCGAGAAUGAAGAUGUUCCAGUUGUGCAAGAAAAUAGGUUUGCAGAGGUGAUCGGUCCCUUGAGCCCCAUUGGUGAAGACAUUUCGAGCCCCAUGAUGUCCACUGCAGUGCAGCUUAACAGCCAGUCCUCUCUAUCUUCAGAAGAUCCUGUAACAAUGAUGGAUACCAUACUCAAUGAAAGUGGUGUUAUUUCUCAGAAUAUUAAUCUACUUGGAAAAGUUGAACUGUUGGAUUAUUUAGACAGCAUUGAUUGCACCUUAGACGACUUCAAAGCUUUACUGUCUGGGCGUCAGUUCAGCAUAGACCGGGAUUUGCUGGUAGAUAUAUUCAGCAGUAAUAUGCAAAGUUCUACUGACUUUCUUAAUGGCUCAAAGCUGGAAAACAAAGGCAUCGAGUCCCUGAAAAGCAGUGGUGCCACACCAGAAGGCAGUAAUGCUGAUAGCCGGAAAUCUGAUCAACAACUUGUGCAAUACACAAGUUUCCCACUUUUGGCACUUCUUGAUGGUGACUCUGGAGGAUACAACACAGAAGCACAGACUGACAAGUUUCAUGACAUGGACCAGUUUCUAGAGUCUAGCUUGGAUUCAGAACCGACACAAAGUAAAUUGGUGCGCCUGGAACCUUUGACGGAAGCAGAAGCCCAGGAGACCACUCUGUUCUAUUUAUGUGAACUUGCCCCAACACCUCUGGACAACGACAUGCCACUUCUGGAUUAAUAAAUGUUGGGACACUGCAUAAUUGUACAUAUUCAUCAAAAUGAUGAACUAUUUAUUUGAGUAUUGGUACUCCCAUUUUUUUUUUCUUUGUCACUAUGUGUUUGCAAUUUUAUAAUAUAUAUAUAUAUAUAUAUAUAUAUUUUUUCUUUUUUUUUUCUUUACCCCUAGAAUAAAAUAAAGGAAAAAAAGCUAAACCUUCAUUUUGUUUUAGUAAAAAGGCCAGAUGUGGUUUUAACUAGUCUGAAAACCUGCACUUGUUCUUAAUUUUUGCAACUAGUUAUAAGAGGAAAUGAGCUUAUGUUAUUUUUAAUCUGUAUAUUUAACAUUUGUAUACCCAUUCUCUUCUCUAAACAGAACUCCCUAAAUCGUUCACUCUGACACUAGCAAAACUGCUCCUUAUUAAAAUUUAGUGACUCCCCUUAUAACCCAAUGUGGCAGCCAGUAUAUUAUGAAAAGUGUGGUGUGCCUUCUUUUUUAUUAGAACAUCUGCGUGGCAUCUUGGACAGGUGCUGCAAAUGUAAUUUACGCUUUAUCACAUGCUGGAAUUUUACCUAUUGACAUUGAUGAAACACAAAGAAUAUGUGAGCUAGGAGCAUAAGAAGUGCCUGUCUUUAGUGUUCUUGUUGCACUGCAGUAAAAGUUUUUGUUUAGAGGGACCAACCAUUGUUGUUCGUUGAUACAAUGUUCUUUUUUUUUUUUUUUUUUUUUUAAAAGCUCGAUGCACUACUUACUGAAGGUGGCUUUAUUCUGCCAGUGAUGUGUUUUACUUAAAUAAACAUGGUCUGUCCUUUAUAAUGUCUAAAA